AUGGAUUCGUUCAUCUGUUUGGUGAGUGCAGCUGCUGGCCGUGAGGUAUCGUUCUGUGCAGACUGCGUGGUGCCCCACUCACAGCUUCGGAUGAUCUGGUACUCUGCAGCGUCCCAGAUCCUCUCUCGCGGACUUACAUUUGGAUUGAAUCUAUUGAGCGCCAGAUCGCUCACUCCGCAGGCAUAUGGGGUCGUUGCCAUCCAGCUGCAUCUACUGAACACAACCCUGCUGUUCCUCAGUCGGGAAGGCUUCCGACGCGGCUGUUUGCGCAUCGAUGCACGGAAACCAGGCUCGGUGCUGGCCACAUCUGCCCUCUGCAUCCCCCUGGGUGCGGUGUUCUCUGCCCCGAGCAUAUGGCUCCUCGUUCAGCGCCGCCCAGGGGACGUCGUUUGGCACCAGGCCCUCCAGCUGCAAGGCCUUGCGGUCGUUGUGGAGCUGCUGAGCGAGCCGCUGUACGUCCUCGCCACGGUGCGGAAGCAGUACAGCCUGCGCGUCGGCGUGGAAGCCGGGGCGCAGCUGGCCAAGAGCGUACUGAUCGCCGGCCUGCUGGCCCGCCCGGACGCGGACCCCGCCGUCGCCUUCUCCCUGGGUCAACUGGCGUACGCUGGGGCCACCCUCCUCUGCUACGCCGCAUGGGGCUGCUCCCUGCGGGGUGUCCUCGGUGGCGCAGGGUCGGCAGAGGCUCACGCCGGCGCGCCGGCAGGUUCGAAGGCUGCCCCCUCGCAGGAGCAGCACGCAGCCGACCAGGCUGCCACAGACACGCGCCCCGGCCUGGACCUCCCCGCCCUCCAGUUGUCGGGCCUGUUUGGCGUCCAGGCCGUGGGCAAGCUGGUCCUGGCGGAGGGCAGCAAGUUCACGCUGGCGGCGCUGCAGAGCAGCUACGACCAGGGCGUGCUGGGGCUGGUAACUAAUCUGGGCUCCCUCCUGGUCCGCACCGUGUUCCAGCCCUUUGAGGAGGCCGCCUUCCUGGCCUUCAGCAGGGCCGCCGCCGGUGUGGCAAGGGACGGCGGCGAUGGAGUGGCAGAGGGGCGGGGGGAUGGCGGGGCGGAGCCGGGCGACGCGGCGUCAGGGGCCGACAUUCGCGGCGGCCCGGGGCGGGACCCCUCCGCCACCGCGCGCCCCGCCGUGACACGCACCCCCCACCCCGCAUGCCACCUCCUCCCGCCGCUCACCCGCUGCAUCGUGACCUUUGCCCUGGUGGCCGCCGCCUUUGCCCCCGCCUACGCCCACCUGGCCCUGCUCCUUGGCUACGGCCGGGUCUGGGCCGCCUCCCCCGCCCCGGGCGUGCUGGGGGCCUACGCCGCCAGCCUCCCCCUGCUCGCCGCCAACGGCGUGCUGGAGGCCUGCGUGCACGGCUGCGCGGGGCGGCGCCAGCUGGCGCGCGCCAACGCCGCGCUGGUGGCGCUGUCCGUCGCCCACGUGGCGGCGCUGCUUGGGCUGACCGCCGCACUGGGCACGCUGGGCACGCUGGCGGCCGACGCGGUCAACAUGGCGGGGAGGGUGCUGUACUGCCUGGCCUGGGUGCGGCGCGAGCUGGGCGUGGCGCCGGCCGGGCUCUGGCCCAGGGCGGGGACCCUGCAGGCGCUGGCGGUUGCCGCGCUGGCCACCUCCGCGGCCCGCCUGCUCCUCAUGCCGGAGAGCUCGGGCUUGCUGGCCGCCGGCCGGCGCUACCUGGGGCCCGGGCCCCGUGCGACGCUGGAUGCCUUGCUGAUGGCCACAGGGGAGUAUUCCUUCCUGGCGCGCGCGGCGCUGCACGUGGCUCUUGGUGGGACGGCCCUGGCCGCGGUGGUGGCGGCGGCGCUCGCGCACGAGGGCGACGCCCUGCGCCAGCUGCGCGCCCUGCGCAAGGGCGCCAAGUCGGACUGA